UCAAAUUGACAUCACGGGAACUCGGAGGAUAUUUACGUAUUGGAAAUCUUCUCGAGAUAAGUACUUGGAGGAGUAAGACUUUCGCCUCUUGUGAACUAAAAGGAACAAAAAAUGAGUUGGCAACGAGCAAAGCUACCGACUUUCGUGUUUGUAUGUCAAAUUGCAUUUAUUUUAAUAUUUGCAUUUAUGGCCAAAUAUGGCCCGACAUCGAAACCCAAAGACACCGAUACCAGCAGUUCCCCGGUGAAGAAUUACUAUGGAAACUUCCAGGAUGUCAACGUCAUGAUCUUCGUGGGCUUCGGCUUCCUCAUGACGUUCCUGAAGAGGUACGGCUACAGCUCCGUCGGCCUCAACUUCCUCGUGGCUGCAUUCGCCAUUCAGUGGACGACAAUCAUCCGGGGCCUGCUGCACAUUGACAUCACGACCGGGGAGAAGUUCAAGCUCUACGUCCAAGAAAUGAUGUCAGCUGACUUCUCGGCAGCUGGGGUGCUGAUAUCAUUCGGGGCCCUCCUGGGAAAGAUCUCCCCUCUCCAACUCCUCGUCAUGACUCUUAUCGAGGUUGUUCUUCUCCAGAUUAACGAGUGGAUCUGUGUUGAGAAGUUCCACGUGUCCGAUGUAGGCGAGUCUAUGUUCGUCCACGUUUUCGGUGCCUAUUUCGGCUUGGCGGCAGCACGUGUGCUGUAUAGCGAGGAAGCCGUGACGUCUAAGAAGGCUGGGCCAGUGUACCAUUCUGACCUUUUCUCCAUGAUUGGAACUCUUUUCUUGUGGAUGUAUUGGCCUAGCUUCAAUGGCGGUGCUGCGGAAGGAGACGAACAGCACCGGGCUAUAUUAAAUACUUACUUCUCAUUGGCUGCCUGUUGCUGUGUAACGUUUGCCAUGUCAGCUGCUGUUGAAAAGCAUGGGAAAUUUGAAAUGGAACACAUACAAAAUGCUACUCUAGCAGGGGGCGUUGCAGUUGGUACCUGCGCAAACAUGAACAUCGAGCCCUGGGGCGCACUCGUCGUCGGGUCAGUGGCCGGUAUUCUGUCUGUGGUUGGCUAUAAAUACAUCUCGCCUUUCAUCGCCGCCAAACUAAAGAUCCACGACACUUGCGGAGUAAACAACUUGCACGGCAUGCCGGGAAUUAUGGCGGGAAUUGGUGGUGCAGUGACUGCCGCCCUAGCCACAGAAAAUGUUUAUGGUGAAAGCCUGUAUGAGAUAUUCCCCGCCCGCUCCCCCCUACCUGAGGUGGGUAACUCCAGCACCCCUUAUCCUGUGCCCGAGCUGCAGGGGUUGGGGAGAACCGCGGGGGAGCAGGCAGCUUUCCAGAUCUACGCAUUGCUGUUGUCGCUUGGAAUGGCCAUUGCUGGAGGAAUAGUCACAGGUGCCAUCUUGAAAAUGAAAGUGUGGGACAACCCUCAGCCAGAACACCUGUAUGACGAUGAGCGGUUCUGGGAGCUGCCGGAGGAAGGAAUACCGGAAAUAGACAUGGAUGACUUCCCCUCUAAGUACAAUGUCAAAGAGAUCGAUACCAAGAUGUGAAGACAUGCGAAUGUGAAAGAACCCGGAUUGGAAGACUUCGACGCGAAGAAACCGGAUGUUAGCUAUUUCUACCUUUGAGCAAUGGUUCAUGUCACUAGAAAUCUUUCCAGACGUCUUAAGUACCGCGUGUUUUGUCUCCUGAAAAAUAUUAUUACACAAGCUGAGAGAUAACAUGGAACGAAAACUACAGGCACAAGAAACAUACAUGUACGUUAUUCCCAACAAAGCAGAUUAUAUGUCGAUAUGAUAUUUAUUUCUGAAAAGUUAUGAACUUUAUGAAACUUUGUACGUUUGGUCGUUUUAAAUUGACCUUGGUGACUCUUAUUAAAAUUGGUUGGGGUUCAUUAUGGGCACGCUUGUGGGUAAACAGGUUUGACUUGGCCCCCAACACCUUUUGUUACCCGGAGGGUGUGACUCGGUAACCUCAUAACCCAGACCACGUUGAAGGUUUAUCACAGUACCAAUCAAUUACUUGACUGGUUUGAUACUUUACAGGAUCCCGAGAAUAACUUGAAUAAUGCUGAUUGCGGUGUAAAACAACAAACAAACUGUAGAUACGCCAAACAAACAUGUAUUGUUUCAUUCGGUCAUGUGAUCCAUAUGUAUAUAGUAACUUAUGUUAGGUGUUGCCAUGGUGAUAAUAUAUAUUAAGACACUCACAAGACGCAAGUGCCCUUUUAAGCAACAAUGGUUGUGUCACAGAGCAUGGAUUGAUGUGUAGAGUAAGUACAUACUUGCCAAUUAUCAUCACAACGUGAUAAACCAUAUAACUUGAGUUUGGUUUUACGAUGUUUUGAGCAAUAUUCCAGCAAUACCACGGCGGGGGACACCAAAAAUUGGCUUAACACAUUGUACCUAUGUGGGCAAUCGAACCCGGAUCUUCGGCGUGACGAGCGAACGCUUUAACCAUCAGAGUGUCCCACCGCCCCAGUGACACUAGAGGCUUGAUUAACGAUUAUGGCAUCUGGACAAUAAGUUUUAUCAUGAUCAAGUUGGUGAAAGUCGGUAUAAACUCUGAGAUUGUAUAGACAAAUGUCCAGUAUAGUCAGGUUAGCUAUUUGUUUCUGUAUAAAUAAGCUCGUUAAGUAGUCAUACAAUUUCAAAGGCAUUAUUCACAUCAUUUCGACCCAGUGAGUGAGUAGUGUUUUACGCCGCUUUUUGUAAUAAUCCAGCAAUAUCAGCGAGGGACACCAGAAAUAUGGGCUUCACACAUUGUACCCAUGUUGGUAAUUAGCUUUAAUCACUAGAGUACCCCACCGUCCCUUGACUCAUUUAUGCAUAACAAAAACCAUGAUGGUAAUUAAUACGAUGUACGGGAUUGUAUUUUUUUAAUUACUAUAGUUUGGAUAUGUUUUAUUCACUUUAUUCGUUCAUGUUUUAUUCACUCUUUUCGUUAUUUGUUUCGUCGCUGUGUGGCUGACGUAUGUCCGCUUCGAAAUUAUUUAUAACUCACUGACUCAAUAUGACUAAUGACUCUGUGAUUGUACUUCUUGAACGCUGAUCGUCGGUUCGAAUCAAAGAUCCGUUCCGAUUAAGAUCAUUUGUUUCUAAGCAUCAUAUAUCCUGUCAAAGGUUUCGUUAUUCUACGAUCUUAGUAUUUUACUUUCCCACAUAUUUCGUUGAUACCCAAAUCACUCACAUUGGGAAGUGUACAAACAAGAUGUUCCUGUAAUAUCACGGCAAGAAGAGUGACAUUUCUUUUUUCCGGAAAUGAUAACUUUUACCAGGCGUCAUGAAUCAUUCUAGGUCACGGAAACCUGAUUGGAAGGAAUCUGGAAAUGUCCGAAUUGUAAAGGGACAAAGGCAAACCGUUUUGCGAUAAUCCUAAUUGGAGGGUCAGUUAAGCGUUGGAAGUACCAGGUCAAAGGGCGAACUACCCUUUUACGACAUGCCACACCCAGUGGGUACUCCACUGUGCUACAAUCACAUCAUCAACCACUAUCGACAUCUUGAUCGUCUUAUUGCUUGUGUCACAAUAGCCAUCAUCUUGUCAUCACUAAACCCCCCGUGUACUUAACUGAAUCCUCUCCUGUUAAUCCCAUUUGCUCCUUCAUUAAAUGCUUUUAUUUGUACAUUAAUCCUAUCUCGUCAUAAUAGUGUUAUAUACAUAAGUAUGUACUUUAAGUAUUGGAAUGGCAUAUGAAAGUGAUACACAUAAGGAAGAGCAUUUACGGAGUCAACUUCCUUAGAUUAUUCUAUGCACUUACUAAGAAUUCACAUGAUAGAGGAGCAAGGAGUGGCUCGGAAACGUCGUAAAAGAAGUUGCUAUCCAUAAAAAGUGUCCUGGAUUCAUGGUCUUCCAACUUCUAAACGCUUAUCAAAGAGGUCAAGGUAUUGACAGUGUAUUGUUACAUUUUCGAUUUUUGAUAUAAAUACUUUAGGAUCAGUAAUGCAACUUCUUUGAUGAUGGUGCCUCUCAGUUUGAUGUUCUCGGCGUUAUUUGAACGUUCUUGAUAUGAAACUAACCCAGCAGUAUGACAUUUGUUGAUAAUCAGAUAUUAAAUAUAUGUUGGACUACU